CUGUGUCAGAAAAAUCGUGUUGGGACCUGCUGGCUGCAGAUAAAAGACGACGCUGUGAGCAGGAGCCUGAAGUCUGAGUUUCAUUCUCUCCUGAGGAUUCACCCCACGAUGAAGAGCAGCUGGAUGACCCUCGCCGUGCUGCUGUGUGGCCUAAGGGCCUCCGCACACUACUCUACGGGGCGCUGCGACUGCAAUGGCCGAUCUCAGUACUGCCUCCGGGACGCCGGGGGGCUGCACUGCGUCAAUUGCCAGGGAAACACUGCAGGGCGCCACUGCGAGCGCUGCAAGGAUGGCUUCAACCUGGUGGGGGCGGCGCUGAGCUGCACGCCCUGCCGCUGCAACCCUGCAGGCUCUGUCGGCGUCACGUGUGACAGAACGGGGCGCUGCAGCUGCAAAGAUGGCGUCACUGGAGAGAAAUGUGACCGCUGCCCAGACGGACCGGUCGGACCGAACGGCUGCUCGCAAAGACGUCAGCCCAGAGAGGAUUCUGGGAGUCAGAUGUGUUUCUGUUAUGGUCAUAGCAGCAAAUGUUCUCCACAAUCCGGUUACUCUAUCCACAGUAUCACCUCCACAUUCGCCGAAGGUCUGGACGGUUGGUGGGUGGCGACAGCGAGGGGCGUUAUCCCCGAUGACGUACACUUCCGCUGGUCACCGAAGCACCACGACCUGGAGGUGAUCUCCAAAAACAGCCUCCCCGUUUACCUGUACGCCCCAGCUCCUUACCUGGGGAAUCAGUUGCUGAGCUACGGUCAGAACUUCUCCUUCUCGCUGCGUCUGGACCGCGGCGUCCGCCACCCGUCCACCAGCGACGUGGUCCUGGAGGGCGGCGGCCUCCGAGUGGCAGCCUCCCUGGGCGACCUGCGGUCCCUCGUCCCCUGUGGACAGAAAAUAAACUACAGCUUCAGACUGGAUGAGCAGCCCGGCAGCAGGUGGAAGCCUCAGCUCUCGGCCUCACAGUUCCAGACGCUCCUCCAGAACCUCACGGCCGUCAAGAUCCGGGCCACGUUUGGAGAAAAUGGACGCGGAUACCUCGCCAACGUGCGGCUGGUGACGGCGCAGCGAGCCGACGGCGCCCCGGCCCGCUGGGUUCAGACCUGCAGCUGCCCGCCGGGUUACGACGGCGAGUUCUGCGAGCGGUGCUCGCCCGGCUUCAGGCGCAGGAACCCCGCUGAGGGGGCCUUCAGCCGCUGCGAGCCCUGCAGCUGCCGAGGGGGCGGCUGCGACCCGCAGACGGGGGACUGUUACUCCGCCGAUGAGACGCCCGGAGAGCGCGGCUGCCCGGAGGGUUUCUACCGCGACCCGUGGCAGCCCGGUGCCUGCGUGAGGUGUCCCUGUAUGGAAGGAGUGUCCUGCUCGCUGCCGGCCGGUUCACUGGUGGCCCGGUGUGACCGCUGCCCUACCGGAACCACGGGUCCUCGCUGCAACACCUGUAUGGAGGGUUUUUACGGCGCCCCCCCGCGCGGUGACGUGGAGCAGCAGACCUGCCGGCCCUGCCAGUGUAACGGACACAUCGACGUCGGCGUGGCGGGAAGCUGCGACCGCAGCAGCGGCGAAUGUCUGAGGUGUUUGAACAACACGAGGGGAAGCGGCUGCCAGGACUGCGUGCCCGGCUUCUACCACCAACGAGCCACCGACGCCUGCAAACCGUGUGACUGCGACCUCCAGGGCUCCGAGUCCAGACAGUGUGACGACUCGGGUCGCUGUCGCUGCAGAACCGGCUACGAGGGUCUGAGGUGCCUGAGGUCCGACUGCCCCGCCUGCUUCAGCCCCAUCAGGACAAAGAUGGAGGCAUACGCUGGCAAGCUGAAGCAGCUGGAGCUCCUGUUGUCAGACAAGGACGCCGCGGGUUUGAACCCGGACAGCAGGGAUCAGAUGGAGGCGACCCUGAGGGGCAUCGAGGAGCUGGUGGACGACCUGCAGUACGACACCGAGCUGCUGGAAGGACUGGAGAAGAGCCUGCAGAGCCGCCUGUCGUCCAUCAGCCGGAGUCAGCUGGCUGACGGCCGGCUCCUCCAAAACAUCGGCGCCGCGGCCGGCAAAGUCGAACGACAGCAGCAGACGUACAAGACAAAGGUGGAGGAGGUUCGCAGUCUGAUGAAGGAGAUGAAACGCAAACUGGACGAAGCCAAGGCCGACCUCAGAUCAGCUGAGAUUCCUCUCGGAGACGCUUUACAGGGGUCCGACGUCUUCUCGUCUCUGAAGGAGAUGGCCAUCAGUCUGGCCGACAAACAUACGGCGACGGCGGAUGAGGUGCAGCGAAGCGCCAACGAGGCUCUGAGCAACUCGGAGAGGAGUCUGGCUCUCGUUCGCACCCUCAUGAACAAAGAGAACAAGGUGAAGGAGCUGAUUGGAGAUCUCCAAACCACGUAUGAUAAGAACUCGGCCCAGGUGAAGGGUCUGGAGAACCAGGCAACCCGGCUUAGUGGCGAGGCCGCGGACGAGAGCAACAUGGCGAACGGCAUGCUGAAGGAGAUCGCCAACAUGGAGCGAAACCUCCCGUUGCCCCUGAAUGGGCAGGCGGACAACAUGGUGACCAGGUUGGAUGAUCUGAAGCAGGCGGUGGACGCGGACGUCUCAAGCCUUGAGGCGCUGCAGGACGAUGUGCAGCGUAACAAGGCCGUCACUGGGGACCUGCUGGCAGCAGGCAAGGACGCCCAGCAGACUUUCAACAAGCUGCUGGACAGAGUCAAUGUGGCCAAGACCGACACCGAGGAGGCUCUGAGACGCAUCAAUGGCAACACCAAGGAGCUGGACGACGCCCUGAGCACCCUGAGAGGCUUCGACCAGCAGAUUGAGGACAGCAGAUCUCUGGCCGACACUGCCAUCAAGCGUCUCCCCGGCAUCAACGCCACUGUCCAACAGGCCGUCCGCAACAACGCCGACACGGACGCCGUCUUGCGGGACGUCUCCAAAGACUUUGACGAGGCUCUCGGGACCAUCAGCGUGCUGGGGGACCUGGUCACCGGUCUGGAGGGAACGUUUGGAUCUUUGCCGCCUCUCACUGGUCUAAUGAAUGAAGCCACCAAACUGAACAAGGACUCUCAGGACCUGAAGAAGAAGGCCUCAAACACCGCAGGAUUGGUAGAAUCACAGUUGAAUGAAGGCAGGAUGCUUGAGGCCGGCGCCCAGGAGGCGGCCGUCGAAGCAACCGAAGCUUUGAACAACGCCAUCAGGACCCGAGAUUCCGUGGGAAAAACCCUGAGCGAUAUCCGCCGUCUGCUUGCCAACUUCAACCAGACUGGCGCCGUGGACGAGACGCAGCUGGAGCGCCUGGAGAAGUCUGUGGCUGACGCUCGGAACGACGUGGACAGCCGCCUGGGUCCCCGGCUAAGGGACAUGGAGGAGCAGGAGGAGGCCCAGCGCCGCCGGCUGAGCGGCAUCAACCUGGAUAUUGAUGCCAUACUAGUGGACAUUGAAAACUUGGAGGACAUCCUGAAGGCCGUCCCCAAGGGCUGCUUUAACAGCCCCCCCAUCGAGGAGGCCUGAGGAUCCUGAGACCACCUGGAGCUUUCUACUUUUAUCACAAAGUGUUUGUCCUGCUGCUAAACGCACCGAUUAACAAUCGUAUUUGUACAAUGUUACGUGAAAAAUACCGUAAAGGAUAUUAAAAAAAAGUUAAAACAUCUUUAUUUAUAACCAUUUAUAAGAGAUUUAGCCUCAGUCUUCAGCUUUUGUGAUUGCUCUCUCAUUUGGUUUGAGUAACAAACGUUAAAACAUAACACUGAAUCAUACGUUUCCCACAAUGCAACUUGGUAUCAUUGCUUAGCGGAGGAAAACUUUUUU